GCAGCGAACGGCGAGUGGUGAGGAGGGGCACGGCAGCUGAGAGAGAGAGAGAGAGAGAGAGAGAGAGAGAGAGAAGAGGAGGAAAGAUGAAAGCUAUUCCGGUCAUAACCUCAAUAUUGACCUUUUUGUACGUGACCUCUGCCUCCUACCUGACCUCGCCCGCCAAUGACCUUCUCUCAGCCUUCUCCUGGGCCGCCCUUGACCUGCCCAGCGUAGGAAUUGACCUGCUGGGGCCCGAGGAAGGGUUAGGCUUGAGGCCAGGUCAGCUAGAGGUCACGGAGAGGUCACAGAGGCGGAGGAGGCAGCUCUUGUUUGACCCUAACAAGAAUGUUGACCCUAUUAACAUUGAGGUGGAGGUACGGUUUAUUCUACCUAUGUUCCAAGUAUUUGAGAGCGACAACAUGAACUUCGAAGUACCCUAUAAAUACGAAAUGGAUUGGCCUGAGAUCCUACGGCGUUCUGGCGGCUCUGAGGGCUUGCAGGAGUGGAAGGACACCAUAGGAGGCAUGUUGAGGGACUUCGAGGAUAUGGUGUCCCUCUUUGGAAUUAACGGCCAUGGUUGUGUGAGAAGGGCGCUCUGUGAGAUGGCAACACUGCCGCCACUCAGACCGCAAGGGAUUGUGGGAGAAAUGUUGGAUAUCUUUAUGAGAGGCAUCCAAAACAACACACUACUUUACGAAAACAAUUUUUACAAUACAACUCAAGAAAAUUACGAUAUUGAAACUACUACUACUACAACUACUACUACUACUGCUACUACUGCUACUACUACUACUACGGAGAAGCCAAGUAAGAAGAGGAGGAAGAAUAAAGAAGGGAAGAAGAGAGUCAAAAGAGAAGAGGAAGAAGAAAACGAGGAAGAAAAUGGAAUCACAGAAAACGGUAUUAAUCUGGACUAUUUUGCAGCGGGGACUCUUGGAAAACUUGAUAUGGACUGUGCAGCGGCGUUUUCCGAGUGCCCUCUCUCUUUAAUGGAUUAUCAGGACGAGGUGUGAGCUAUUUCUAUCUCUAUCUCUAAUUUUCUCGCUUUUUUUCUCUAUUUUUCUCUAUUCUUUUAUUUUUUUUCGUUUUUUUUUUUUUUUUUUUCGUCCCCUCUCUCUCUCUCUCUCUCUCUCUCUCUCUCUCUCUCUCUCUCUCUACUACUACUACUACUACUACUACUACUACUAUUUUUCUAGUUAACUUAUUUCUAAUUAGAUUGUAAUAUUUAUUUAUUUAUUUAUUUGUUUGUUUGUUAAGUAAUAUGAAGAUUUUAAUGUUUGUUUGUUUGUUUGUGUGUGUCUGUCUGUCUGUCUGUCAAUGAUUAACUAACAAAUAAUUUAAUCGAAAGUUAUAUAUAUAAAUAAUCUUUAAUAAUUCUUGUUAUCAAUUACACAAAUUAUUAUUAUUAUUAUUAUCAUUUCUUGUCUUGUCAAUAAUUACUCUAUGAAAUUGAAA